CCGAAAACAACUUACUAAGAACUGACAAGUUUCUAAAAUUUAUUAUUUAACAAGUCUAGAAAUCACAAUAUUUUUACAACCGGUAGGAAUUUAGCAUAUAAAAAAUUAAUUGUCUAUAGAUUUUAAAACAGUUUCCUUAUCACAUACUGUUAGACUUGUUCAAAAUGUCUGACGAAAAUGAAAUGUUAAGAGAAAAUCUACAAGCUCAAUUGGAACGUUUAGUCCAACAACUUAGCGACUUAGAAGAAUGCAGAAGUGACAUGACUGAUGAUGAAUAUAACGAGUCAAAAGAAGACACCGUCGAACAACUAAAAGAAUUUAACGAUAGAUUAAGUAAAAUUACUGCUGGUGACAUGACUAUUCAUGACAAUUUGAGCAUUAUGCGUUUAGCAACUAGUGCAGCCAUAACAAAAGCAUUUCAAACACCUUCUGUCAUUAAGAUGUUUGCUAAGAAUGAACCAAAUGCACUCAAAGACAAACGCAAUCAAAUUGAAAGAGAUAUAAAAUUAGGUAAAUUGAGCUUGGAGGUUGGAAAUCGACAAAAGCUUGAAGUGUUAACUGCGUUGAGACAUCUUGGUAGUGAACUGACAGAUAGUGAUAAAAUAUUUAUUCGAGAAGAAACAAGCAAACUUCAAAGCAGUGUGUUAUCAAAUGGUUUUAAUAUAACAGACUCAUUAAAUGGAUUUGAUUUCAAUAUGUUUUUGAAACUGGAUGACUCUACAAUGUAAACAACGCUUAUUUAAUGUUAAUAUUACACCAACUACUAACCAGUGUGGUAAUGAAUUAUAUUUUUUGUAUGAUUAAUUCUUGUACAUGUAUUUACAUAGUCCUAAUUUAUAUUGACCAAAUUUUCAAUGUUUAAUUAUAAAAGACUUGUACAUUAUAUGCUAAUACUUAUGUGUUAUUUGUAAAUAUUUGUGAAUUUUAUUUAAAAAAAAUAUUAAAUAGUUUUAAUAUUUUAUUACCCUAAGAAAUGUAAUUUAAAAAUAAAAGUAAUAAUUUAACUAAA